AAUUUGAUACAAUGCCUAUUGUUCCCAUUCGCACAUAAUCCAAUAAUAGUGGCAAACUGUGUUUCAUACGUGUACAUUGUGGCUUGUUCCUAAAAACCGAAACUCGGUGUUCUAGUGCUCCUUCGAUUAUAUUUAAACAACAACCGACAAUGAGCCAAUCAGAGGAAGAAACUUCGGGAACUGAAUCUCCAUUCCUCAAGUCACGAGCAGUUACCCGAAGUGAAAGCUCAUCGGAGGAAUACGAAUCGGAGCAGGAUGGAAGCGUAGAUGAAGCGGAGGAACAGCCAGAUGAAGCUGGAAAAGAAACUGUGCAACCUAAAGUACCUAAGGCAGACAACGUAUUAUCAUCGGCUCCAAAGCCUAACGAGUCGUCAUCGGCCCCAAAAACUACAAAUCGUGCGAUACGUCCUGUCGUGGUAAAAUCAAAGUCGUACGAUGUGAUGCUGUUGGAAGCAAUGAAUGCCCUCGACGAGAACAAGAAAAGCGGUGUCUCAAUAAAAAGUGUUGUGAAGUACGUCCAAGAUAACAUUAAAGUAAGAGAAAACUUCAAAAUGCACAUGUUCAAAAAGGCCAUCGACAAGGCACUGCUGGCAGAUUUGUUUGUUCACACUUCUGGGACUGGGAUGACUGGUUCUAUUGCUUUCUCAGCCGCACAGAAGAAAUCAAGGAAACUUCAGAAGGCAAAGGAAAUAAAAGCUGCAGAGAAAAAGGCCAUUUCGGAAGGAAAAGCAUAAACCGAAAGCUAUCAAGAAAGCUUCCAAACCAAAAGGACCAUCGAAGGAUAAAAAUAACAACUCCACUGAAGCCCAAGGUGCUUCGAAAAAAACAAC